AUGAACAGCUGGGGUACCUCACUUCAUGGAGUACCCGAGCGUGUUUAUGGGUGUAUGGAGCGAAACGAGCCGUCGGCGUGGGAAAAAACGCGGACGGCUCACGUUGUUCCACCGACAGAGCGUGGUAUGGAUGACGAGGAAUCCUUGGAGAUUGGAGAAGUCCUAGCGGCGCUCAAUCAGGGGGAAGAUGUGUCAGAUGGUCGAUGCCAAGAACCGAAAGGGAGUGAGAUGGAUGAUAGAGAUAGAGGAAAGGAAGCUGAGCGCCAACAUUUCGCGGACCCGAUCAAUGAGGUGACUUCGUCGGGCAUGUUUACUCUCGACGGUCCGCCGGAUGUGGCGGACGCGGAGAAGCUGCGAUUUGUCCGCGACGCGGUGGGAAAAGGUGCAUUUGGGGACCAAAUUGGGCCUGGAGCCUGGGUGGGAUCAGCGCAUGGACGGCAGAGAAAAGCCGUUGAGCCGUACGUCCAGAUUUGUCGGGGAAAUGAAUUUGCUGACUCUUUUGAUGCCUUCUUUUUCGCAAAGACAUUCCCCACGCUAUUUCCGUUUGGUAUUGGUGGUCCUCGCCUGAUUGAAGAGGCCGUCUCAGAAUUCGGCAGCGAUAGCCAUGAGGGUGAAGCCGGCGAGGUAGAGGCGGCAGCAGCAAAUAAUCUCUUGUCGUCUCGAAACAUGAGCCUCCACACCUGGGCUGGCAUCGUGCUGCGGCGGCAUGGCGGCCGCUUUGCGACGCACCAUAUUUUUGCAUUUCUGGUGUUCAAUAUGGGGGUGAGGUCCCGGAAUCGCCGCGUAAGCAUGCUGAGCGUAACAAGGAAGGGCUUCCGAAAAGUUGAACGCAUCGUACGGUCGCUGAGUGUGGAGAGGUUGGAGGCGGCUAGAGUCGAGCUUGAGAGCUCGGGUGUUGCAACCGACGCGGGAGUGAAAGAGCUCCUGAGAAGCCUUUCGCUGUACGGAUUUCGGCAGCCGAUGUCGAGAGAACUCCGGCUAAGCAUGCGGCGAAAGAUCAAGUCGUUGAUACUUCAACACGGCGUGCCGGCCAUUUGGUUCACGUUAAACCCGAACGACAUCACGAACCCAGUAAAGCUACGGCUGGCUGCGUACCGAAGCCGUGGUCCAGAGGAGGCUGAGGCAUUCUUGCGAGAUCUGGACGUAGCGUACAAGCGUGUACGGCUGGCAAUAUCGGAUCCCAUGAGCUCAGCCCUUUUUUUCCAUCGUGAGAUGACGUUAUUCUUCGACCACUAUGUGAAGGUGGGGGAAGAGUCGGUGUUUGGACGGAUUAGCCAGUACUAUGGUGCUGUUGAGACGAAUGAGCGCGGGGCUCUCCAUCUGCACGGGCUGCUUUGGUUGCAUGGGAAUAUGAAUAUGAGUUCGAUAUUUGCCGACGCCCAAAGUGAGAACCAGAGGACCUAUCGGGAGCGAAUUGUUCGGUAUGUCGAUAGCGUCUUCUCAGAGGAACUGGACCAAGAGGGAUUCUGUGCCAUCAAGGCAGAGCGUUCGGUGACGGCGGAUAUAUCCACGCUGCUGGGCAACAGUGGGCAAUUAUCGGGCAUGUUCGAUGAAGAAGCCAAUUUCUGCGCUGGGGCGACACAAAUCCACACCCAUAGCCCUACCUGUAUAAAGUACUCACUGGGCAAGAAGGGUAGGAGUCGAGACCUUUGCCGCUUCAAAGCCCCCUGGCGACUGGUUGAGAAGACCGCCUUCACAGAGGAUGGUGUGCUGCACAUCCGGCGGAACCACGGCAUGGUGAAUCGGUGGAACAAGGCCAUGGCGGUCGGGUUGCGGCACAACCACGAUAUUUCCUUCAUUGCGACGCAAUGCAAGACCAUGGCGCUUAUUUAUUAUGUGACGAACUAUGCAACGAAGGUGGAGGAUCCGGUCUGGAAGCGUAUCGCCGCCGCUGCAGAGGCUCUUCCCGUCUUACAAGUGGAAGAGCAGGGCAGCCGGGCGGAUACUGAGGCCGGUGCUGUAUCGGAGAAUGGUGGCCGAAACAAGACGCGACAAUUCCUGAUGAGAGUGGCAAACCGGAUCUUCACAGAUCGGCCACUGUCUCAGGUCGAAGUCAUCGCUUAUCUGCUGGGAUAUCCGAGCGAAUUCACAAGCAACAGCGCUUGGACAUUUCUGAACGUGUCGCUACUCUAUUGGCACGUCUUCAAGCGAUGGCGCCUUCUCCGACAGUCGAGCGGCGCGGAGGCUGAGGAUGAGUCCACCGAGGAGACAGUGCUCGUGGAAGAGGCGGGCCAGAGGAUAUCCGCUGUCGACGCUUAUCAGCACCGAGGCUAUGUCUUGCGGGGCCUGUGUCUAUAUGAUUAUAUGUCGCUCGUACGACUCAAGCGUAAAGGUAAGGGCAAGGACUCUACACCUUGGGGCGAGGUGCCGUUCGAGAGCGGGUGGCCGUUGGCCUGCGCGUGGACCCAGACUCUGAGACGGCCAGGCAAGCAUGCUACUGUUUGCCUAGACGGCUACCUCAGUAUGGAUUUUGCUCAGGACGACGACGGACCCUGCUACAGGAGGGCUGCUGUCCAGCAUCUGGCACUUUUUGUACCGUGGGAAUCUUUCUUGUCGGCAGAAGAUGGUGAUAUCAAUAAUAUUUGGAACCGGGAGAGGGGGUUACUGCCUGGAAGACUCUCGUUCGUUGCUAACAACAUUCAAUUGCUCCGGCGCUCUGCUGAAGAUGCCAAGCGUGACGCCAGGCAAUGGGCUGCUUCGUCCGCGGACAGCGAUCGCACGGACGAAGCGGUCAGUAUCGGACUAAACGAAUGCAACGCGGAGGCCACGGAUGUAUACCGGUCUGAUAGUGUCGGCGAUGCCACGCGUCUGAUCGACGUCGUCAGAAUGGCUGCGGGAGUGAGCCAGAUCACUGCCGGUUCGAAGGAGAUCAUGGCAUGGAUGCAGCAACUCUGUCGCUUCCAACAGUCAUCGCUGUGCUCAAGCGACGAGCUUCGGGCCAGAGUGAUAGAUGAACGCGGGGUAAGAAGAAUAGAAUUGUCCGGGCGGCCGUUUUCGAGAGCGGAGAUCCCAGCCCAGAAAGAAUUGAGGGCCAUUAAGUCACAGCAGACAGCUGCUUCCAGGGAGAGGGAGAGGAUGAUACAGGGAAUACAGCAUGUGGCCGAUAACCGAGAUAGGGCCACUACUAAUCGUAGCGCAGCCAUUGAGGACGUGCUGAACGGAUUUGGGGAGCAAGAUAUCCGCGUGACAGCUGCCCACCCCAAGGGCAGGAGUCUUGAUAGCAGCCCCCAGGCGAAGGUCCGGUUGGGGCCGUCAACAUCCUUCCUCCAGGCAGGAAGGAGGCUGGUAGAGCUGUUCACCUUGAAUAGAAGGCAAUCAGUCGCCUUUCUUCUGAUAUGCCGACGGCUUGAUUCGAUACGAGGUCACGGGGCUGCCGCUGGUCAGCUCUGCGAGUUCAUCGGCGGGGAGGGCGGUACCGGGAAAUCACGAGUCAUCGAGGCACUGGUCGAGCUAUUUGCGAGUGCGGGCAUCUCGAAUCGUGUGCUCGUAACGGCGACGUCAGGGACAGCAGCAGCGCAGAUCAACGGCAUCACAAUCCACUCAGCCUGUGGCUUUUUAAAGGACCGCGUAUCGCGCGUUGGCGUAUCCAGAGAUAUCGACGGGGCCAAUUUAUCGAAUUCGGCAGAGCGAUUUAUCAACGGCCAGUCCCGAAUGGACUGGCAAGAGAAGUAUCUACUCAUCAUUGACGAGGUCAGCAUGCUAGGAGCGCGGACGCUGUAUGCGGUGAAUGAGCGGCUCUGCAGGCUCCGCGGCUGCCAGCGGGAUUUUGGCGGGAUUCCCAUCGUUCUGUUCUGCGGGGAUUUCCGCCAGUUCCGGCCUGUGCAGGAGAGAUCGAUCCUCCUUCCAAGCACGGCCGUGACAUGGGAUGAGGACACUUCGUUCGGCCCAGAACAAAGACACCAGCAUGAUAGGGCCCACGCGUUGUGGAGGAGGUUCACGACGGUCGUUAUGCUGGACGAACAAGUGCGCGCUGCUGGGGACCCAGAGCUGCAACAAUUGCUGAAACGGAUCCGACGGGGUGUGCAGAACCGCACAGAUUUAGACCUCCUUAACUCUAGGUGCUACCGGGAGGAUAGGCCGAUUCCGUGGGAAACGGGCAUUACCGUCGUGACACCGCUGAACAGGAAUCGGUGGAACUUGAACAUGGAGGCCACUCUGUCGUUCCAGAGACAACAUCGUGAGACGAUGCGAAUUUUCAUAUCCGAACACAGGUGGAAAGACGGCCAGGCGAGCGAGGAAGAAGCCAUCUUGAUGCUCAACCACGGAGACAACAGCGCGAUACCGGUGCCGGCGAUCUUCAUGUUCGUGCCCGGGAUGCCCAUCGUCGUCAACCACAACACGCACCAGGGCCUGAAGCUGGUUAAUGGAGCCAGCUACACCGCCUUGGACGUCAUCCUCGACAAGGCGUACCCGGGCCACCGGAUCUCGGCCGAUACGAUGCUCCACUUCGGGUCGCCGGCGGGGAUUCUGCUAGCGGCGAAGACAACCCAAGAGUUCCACUUUGUCGGGAUGCCGCCGGGCACAAUCCUUCUGACGCCGAUGAGCGUCAGCAUACGAGCCCAGAGAAAUCGGCCAUGGCAAGUGAGAGACGUGGCCCGAAAGGGCUUGCCGUGUGCAGCGGCCUUUGCGUGCACAGACUACAAGGUACAGGCAAAAACGCUAGAGCGAGUGGCACUAGAGCUGCGCGGGACGAGGACGACGAAUGUGAACGGUCAGAUGGUUGCGUCACAGUGCGAUCCAUACAGCCUAUACGUGCAGCUAUCGCGUUGCCCGUCAUUAGAUGGUAUCAUGCUUGUGUCAAAGGUGCGGGAGAGAGACCUGGUUGGCAACACGGUGCCCGAGGACAUGACUGCCGCGGAGGAGAGGCUGGAAGCGCUGAGCAAGAAGACCAUGCAGGAGGCUCACGACCUGAUCGGAUGA